UUUGUGGACUGAAAAGAGUCUUUACUCGUGCCGGUUCUGUCCGGUGGAAAAGGCUGAAGUGAAAUCGACAAAACCGGUAAAUAACUAACUGACAGCCGUUACACCAGCUAUAUGGCCGCCUUUACUUCACCUGGUCUCAACAUUUCAUCCACUUCAACAAAGUAUAAGAAGCUGUUUUGUGGGUAUCUUUUUAUCAACAGUGUACACCCUUUCACAAGUUCUGCUGCUGCAAACUAAAGGAAAUGAUACAAGCCUUGUUAUUGUGUUGAGGAAUGUAUAGUGGAAGGCCACUUACCAAUACUGGAGGCAAUUUUCCUACACAGCAGAAGCUAAGUGGACCAUUGGAAAAAAGGCACACUAUGGACCACAAUUCUUGGACAUACUAAAUCUCAUUUUUGACAUGUUUUAAAUCAUGCACUGGAGACAAUAAACCCAGACCUGGGUCAGAACAGUCGCUUCCUGAGUAAAUUUUUUUGUAGAAGCGUUUCCCCCGGUCCUUAGUGUUUGCAGCAAUGGGCUCGUUUGGGUUUCCUUUUGAUAAUCUGCUGUGCAUGCUGCUCGGCAUCUCGUUCACUGUGUGGUUUACUCUGCUUCUGGUUUUCUUCAUUGUGCCAGCCAUUUUUGGCCUGUCUUUCGGCAUCCGAAAGCUCUAUAUGAAGACCCUGCUCAAAGUGUUUGGGUGGGCUACGUUAAGGAUUGAGCGAGAAGCUAAAGAGAAGAAUCAUCUGGUUUAUAAACCCUAUGCCAAUGGCAUCAUUGCCAAAGAGCCCACCUCCCUGGAAGAGGAGCUUAAAGAAAUCCGACGUGUCGGCAGCAGCCGGGACCUGACUACGUCCUCCCCAGGCUCUUCCCCUUCCUCUGCAGAGUUUGCCAUGUCGGACAUCUUUUAUUUCUGUCGGCGUGGUGUGGAGAGCAUCGUGGAUGACGAAGUGACCAAGCGCUUUACCGCAGAGGAGCUGGAGUCCUGGAAUCUCCUGACCCGCAGCAACUACAACUUCAGACACAUCAGUACCCGACUCACGGCACUGUGGGGGGUUGGCCUGGUCAUCCGCUACUGCCUCCUGCUGCCUCUCAGACUGACAUUAGCCAUCACCGGUGUGACACUGUUGGUUGUCCUCACCACCUUAGUUGGAUUUCUGCCUAAUGGGAGGAUGAAGAAUUUUCUGAGUGAGAAAGUGCAUUUAAUGUGUUACCGUGUCUGUGCGAGAGCGCUAACUGCAAUCAUCACUUACCAUCACAGUGAGAACAAGCCUAAGAAUGGAGGAAUCUGCGUCGCCAAUCACACAUCACCCAUCGACGUCCUCAUACUAGCCAACGAUGGUUGCUAUGCAAUGGUGGGGCAGAUCCACGGAGGGCUGAUGGGAAUUAUUCAGAGGUCCAUGGUAAAGGCUUGUCCACACAUAUGGUUUGAACGUUCUGAAGUCAAAGACCGACAUCUGGUGGCCAAAAGGCUAAGUGAUCACGUUGAGGACAAGAGCAAACUUCCAAUCCUUAUUUUCCCCGAAGGUACCUGCAUCAACAAUACAUCUGUAAUGAUGUUCAAGAAGGGAAGCUUUGAAAUCGCUUCCACCAUCUACCCAGUGGCCAUCAAGUAUGAUCCUCGUUUUGGGGACGCCUUCUGGAACAGCAGCAAGUUUGGCAUGGUGAACUAUCUCCUGCGCAUGAUGAGCAGUUGGGCAAUCGUCUGCAGCGUGUGGUACCUGCCCCCCAUGAGCCGACAGGAAGGAGAAGAUGCCGUGCAGUUCGCCAACAGGGUUAAAGCUGCAAUCGCCAGGCAGGGCGGCCUGGUAGAUCUGCUGUGGGAUGGCGGCUUGAAGCGCAGCAAAGUGAAAGAGACGUUCAAAGAAGAGCAACAGAAACUGUACAGCAAGAUCCUGGUGGGAACACACGAGGACCGCAGUCGCUCCUGAGGCGAUAAAUGAGCUGAGGCGAUUGAAAACUGGAAAACAAAUGGCAAGCAGUCACGUCUUAUUGAGGUCCUGCUUUAGUUGCCUGAAGGUCCUGCUUUAGUUGCCUGAAAAAGGAUCUGGGUGUCUGCAGUCUGUUCUGUUCUUAUUCAUGUCUGUGUCACCAAAUACAAAAAAUGUCCAGGCAUUAAUGAAUAAUGCUGCAGCUGUGUGAUGUUACCAUGUGCACAUCUUCAAAACUAACCUGGUUGCUAAGAACAUUGUAAUGAAUGUCAGCAUGACAGCGAGACUAAUUCUUAAAAACACUGAUGUACUGGGGUUCUUCUGGGCUGUGAAGUAUUCGUACACUUUUGUUUUUGUUAUUGAAUGUACUUCUGUGCAUAUAUUCAUUCUAAAUAUUCACAUUUUAACAUAGUACCGGGCAGCACGGUGGCUCAGUGGGUAGCACUGCCACCUCACAGCAAGAAGGUUCUGGGUUCGAUUCCCAGGCGGGGUGGUCCGGGUCCUUUCUGUGUGGAGUUUGAUAUAAUGAUAAGAAAGGUGGAAAAGCAACAGUUACCGGAUGGCCUGAAAGCAGCAGAAGCAAUAGUUAUAGUGAAUGAAAUUAAAGAACUGAACUGCAGUUUUUACACACCAGGUAAAAAAAUCUCACAAAAAUGCAUGUCAACUGUGCAGAUGAGCAUUUUGGCAAAUCAGAACAAUGGUCAGUUUUUUAGGCAUUGUGUGAAAUUUGAAUUGAAUAUAUGCACUGGGAUUACAUUAAAUUACAAACAGUUUGUUCUCCUUGUCUUACCUUUACAAUUAAAUGUGUACCUAGUCUCCAUUACAGCAUUACUUACUCCAAACAACCACAUUUCAGCAGUUUGAAAGCUUCCCAACACAUGCAAAGUGUGCACUCUUUCCACAAGGUUGUAAUGCACAGUGUGUAAUGGACUAAAGCACCUCAUCUGUAUUAGGUAGUUUGGUUGUUUUUGUAAAUCACUGCCAUUUUAAACACACAGCUUUUAUUACUACAUUAUUUAAAACAAUGUAGAUGUUGUUCACAUAGAUGUAACACAGAUUUAUUUUUAUGCAAUCCAGUACCAUCUUUGUUGGUGCAAUUUCUUACAGAGCCUGGCAGCAAAAUUAAGGAGGCACACACACAUUAUUUACUUUUAAUGCAUUUUUACUGGUAGCGACAUUGUGUACAGUUGAUUUACUGAAUAUGUCCCAAACUGCAUCCUGUGUGCCAUACUUUUAUUGGAGUACAGAAUGGUAGAAUUUGGAGACAUUAUACUACAUCUACCUCUUAUUUAGAGCUUAGCUUAGUGCUAAAUGGUGCAAAACGUUCCCGUACUAGUUUACUUGUGCUGAUAAUCUUUUCCAAGCUGCACUUUUUUUCCGGGCAGCUUUUUGUAUGAUCAUUCGUUUCUGAAUCCUCCUUCUGAAAUGCACAUGAAUUAAGAUUUCUGUUUGGAUUCUGUACUAUGACACACUCCAGUGUUGAGUUCAGCUUUUUAAAUAGGAUAGAACAUGUAGUGAUCAUGUAGUAGUCAGAACUUAUUCUAAUCCACCAAACCCACACAGUUGCAUGAAAGACUUGGAGACUGCAGCAAACACUUUUAAACAUGUUCAUCCUUGGGUUAAGUCCAGGCUAAAUGUAGAAAGAAUGUGUAGGAAGCAUAAGUUUGCUGUCUGUUGAAACACAGCCAAUGUACACUGGCUUUAUCCUUUUAGACAUUGUAUUGACUAUGUUUAUAUAAUGGUUUUCUUUCAGUGCUGCCAGUGACUAGACUGCUGCCAGGCUCAUAAAACAUCCCUGGAUCAGUUUUAAGCUAUUGUCAAAUUCAUCAGCUAAAUACAUCUCAGUUCUAUUGAUGAAUCUGUCUGAACUGAUCUGUCAAUAAAAAUGUUCUAACUUA